ACUCCAUUACAGUAGGUGGCGGUAAUGCACACCAGAAGGUUGCUUGCCAACCGCCAUAAAAACAAAAGAAGAAGAAGAAGAAGAACGGCGUCACGUCCGGAAGACGACAUCCUGUGAAAGAUGGCGACGUCCUUGUGCGUCAAAUUACUACCCAAACAAGGAUGGCUCCCCCUGACUCAGAGUGUUCGACACGGCUCCAAGGCUGUGACCCGCCACAGGAAACCUAUGCACUUUUUGAAACAGAAAAUGUUGGCUGUCACGGAGUACAUCCCCCCGAAACCGGCUGCUCCACCGGACGCUUACCCAACCAAAGCCGCCGUGGUUGAGGAGAGCGCCUUAGCAAGGCUGCAGAAGAGGGACCUGCAGAAGGUCUUCCAAGAGUGCAAGAUGGUCGCUGUGGCCCAGAACAACGGCUGCAACGCACACGACAUGAUAAUGCUUAAGAACAGACUGCGUAAACAUGACAUCCGUAUCAAGUUCUUCUCCAACCAGGUGAUGCGCUCGUUUCUGAAUGAGAGCAUAUACAGCAACUUGGGUCCUCUCUUUAUCGGGCCCACGGUGCUGUUUGUCAGCAAAGAGCCCAAGGCCCAGGAGAUGCUGGCGACCCUGCGUGUCAGCCCACAGAUGGUCCUACUCGGAGCAUGCAUAGACGACACGUUGCUGAGCGCGCAGGGCGUGCUGCGCUACUCCAAGCUGCCGUCGGUCAGCGUAGUCCAGGGCGAGCUGGUGGGUGGCCUGAGCUUGCUGGCAUCCCACACCGCCUCCUUGCUGCAGCGACACCCAGCCCACCUGACGGCGCUGCUGCAGCAGCACAUCACGCAGCAAGACGGAGACGCUCCUCCCAAAGCGGAGGAAGCCACAUGAGAGGAACUUAUUACUGACUGAUAAUAUGGACACGUGCACGAGUGUGUUUUAAGGAACAUGCAGCCUGAAGGCUUUUGACAGAAUCCUCAUUAAAACCAUCUCUAUUUA